ACUGGUCGACCACACCUAUAUGACCCUCCCCGGGCCACACUGGUCGACCACACCUAUAUGACCGACCCUUAGCAACUCUGGGCAACCUACCCACCAGACCGGCCUAGAGGCCAAAACUGGACGUCGCUCCCUGAGGCUAUCGAGCAAGCGCCGGGUCAAGCAGUUGGAGGUAUAUAUAAGACAGGCUGUAGUUCCUUCCCUGCACACACACACACCACCACCACCUCGACCCUGCCGUCAGGUUGUCGGCGUCACCCUCACCAUGAAGCUCUCACUGUUCACGACGCCCCUUAUGGUGCUCUCAGCGGCUCUCCUCGUCACAGCCACUCUGGAAGUCGACGAUGACCUCAGAGAAAGUCGAUCUGCCUUCAAUUGUCUACGUAUCUUCUGUGACCAGGACAGGACUUGCAUCAAAUGUACCAGAAGCGUACUGUUUCCAAAUGACCAUGGUGUACUGAAAAGUAUCAACAAGUGUGUGACGGCCCCUAGAGUAUCGUGCAACAGACUGCCAUCCAGCGUCGCUGCCACAGUGAAGCAGUGUAUGGCGAAGGCCAGUAAUGAUAUAGCAGCAUGCUUUUCCGCGGUGAGUGGCAGCACUCCCGGUGUAAUCGUUGGGAGGCCCCCUGUGAGCCCCGGAACUUCUCCCGUGAGCUCCGGAACUCCUCCCGUGAGCCCCGGAACUUCUCCCGUGAGCUCCGGAACUCCUCCCGUGAGCCCCGGAACUUCUCCCGUGAGCUCCGGAACUCCUCCCGUGAGCUCCGGAACUCCUCCCGUGAGCCCCGGAACUUCUCCCGUGAGCUCCGGAACUCCUCCCGUGAGCCCCGGAACUCCUCCCGUGAGCGACGGAACUCCUCCCGUGAGCCCCGGAACUCCUCCCGUGAGCUCCGGAACUCCUCCCGUGAGCCCCGGAACUUCUCCCGUGAGCCCCGGAACUCCUCCCGUGAGCUCCGGAACUCCUCCCGUGAGCUCCGGAACUCCUCCCGUGAGCCCGGGAACUUCUCCCGUGAGCUCCGGAACUCCUCCCGUGAGCCCCGGAACUCCUCCCGUGAGCGACGGAACUCCUCCCGUGAGCGACGGAACUCCUCCCGUGAGCGACGGAACUCCUCCCGUGAGCGACGGAACUCCUCCCGUGAGCAAUGGGGUCAUUCCCACAACUGAUACCCAAUCAUCAACCGGUGGCACCCAAUCAUCAACUGGUGGCACCCAAUCAUCAACUGGUGAUAACAAACCAUCAACCGGUGACACCCAAUCAUCAACCAGUGACACCCAAUCAUCAACCAGUGACACCCAAUCAUCAACCAGUGGCGCCCAAUCAUCAACCGGUGGCACCCAAUCAUCAACCAGUGACACCCAAUCAUCAACCAGUGGCACCCAAUCACCAACCAGUGACACCCAAUCACCAACCGGUGGCACUCAAUCAUCAACCAGUGACACCCAAUCACCAACCAGUGACACCCAAUCACCAACCGGUGGCACCCAAUCAUCAACCAGUGACACCCAAUCAUCAACCGGUGGCACCCAAUCAUCAACCAGUGGCACCCAAUCAUCAACCGUUGGCACCGAAUCAUCAACCGGUGGCACCGAAUCAUCAACCAGUGACACCCAAUCAUCAACCAGUGACACCCAAUCACCAACCGGUGGCACCCAAUCAUCAACCAGUGACACCCAAUCACCAACCGGUGGCACUCAAUCAUCAACCAGUGACACCCAAUCAUCAACCAGUGGCACCCAAUCAUCAACCAGUGACACCCAAUCACCAACCGGUGGCACUCAAUCAUCAACCAGUGACACCCAAUCAUCAACCAGUGACACCCAAUCAUCAACCAGUGACACCCAAUCAUCAACCAGUGACACCCAAUCACCAACCAGUGACACCCAAUCAUCAACCAGUGGCGCCCAAUCAUCAACUGGUGGCACCCAAUCAUCUACCAGUGACACCCAAUCACCAACCGGUGGCACCCAAUCAUCAACCAGUGACACCCAAUCACCAACCGGUGGCACUCAGUCAUCAACCAGUGACACCCAAUCAUCAACCAGUGACACCCAAUCAUCAACCAGUGACACCCAAUCAUCAACCAGUGGCGCCCAAUCAACCGGUGGCACCCAAUCAUCAACCAGUGACACCCAAUCACCAACCGGUGGCACCCAAUCAUCAACCAGUGACACCCAAUCACCAACCGGUGGCACCCAAUCAUCAACCAGUGACACCCAAUCAUCAACCAGUGACACCCAAUCAUCAACCAGUGACACCCAAUCAUCAACCAGUGGCGCCCAAUCAUCAACCAGUGACACCCAAUCAUCAACCAGUGACACCCAAUCAUCAACCAGUGACACCCAAUCACCAAUCGGUGGCACCCAAUCAUCAACUGGUGACACCCAAUCAUCAACCAGUGACACCCAAUUACCAACCGGUGGCACUCAAUCAUCAACCAGUGACACCCAAUCAUCAACCAGUGGCGCCCAAUCAUCAACCAGUGGCACCCAAUCAUCAACCAGUGACACCCAAUCAUCAACCAGUGGCGCCCAAUCAUCAACCAGUGACACCCAAUCAUCAACCAGUGACACCCAAUCAUCAACCAGUGACACCCAAUCACCAACCGGUGGCACUCAAUCAUCAACCAGUGGCACCCAAUCAUCAACCAGUGACACCCAAUCAUCAACCAGUGGCGCCCAAUCAUCAACCAGUGACACCCAAUCACCAACCAGUGACACCCAAUCACUAACCGGUGACACCCAAUCACCAACCAGUGACACCCAAUCACCAACCAGUGACACCCAAUCACCAACCAGUGACACCCAAUCAUCAACCAGUGGCACCCAAUCACCAACCAGUGACACCCAAUCAUCAACCAGUGGCGCCCAAUCAUCAACCGGUGGCACCCAAUCAUCAACCAGUGACACCCAAUCAUCAACCAGUGACACCCAAUCAUCAACCAGUGACACCCAAUCAUCAAUCGAUGAUACCAAACCAUCAACCAGAGAUACCCUAGUUUGGUGGAGUACUCGCGGAAGAACCGGACGAACUGCCGGAAGAACCGAACUGGCGGAAGAACCGAACGAACUGGCCGAAAAAUCUAGCGAAUUUGCGGAAGAUCCUGACGAACUGGACGCCGGGAAUUUGAGGGACGUGGACCAGGACUUCGCUUAUAAGGAUGGAGAGUCCACUUCUGGGCUCGCAGAGCGCACAGGGGUGAAGCACACUUUUGUACUACGGGGCCGGACACUGGUACUUUAGAGGUUGGGAACAUGUCACCCUGGUGGCAUCCCUCAGUGUAUGAGACUAGGUUACACCCUAGUGUACCAUCCAUACUAUUGGAGGCUCAGUUGGUCAACAACAAAGUUAUCAACCUACACGUUAGCUACAGUGUCCUCCACUCCAAAUUCAGUUCGCUCUUUUGAAUUGCCACAACAUACACAAUACGGGGUAUUAAACCGCGUGAACCCAGGACACCCCCCCUAAUCUAUCACACAGAAAACGUGACUGCGAGUGUUACUUUUCAUAGUACCCCCUUACUGUGUACGUUGGGGGAUUAUAGCAUAGAAAAUGCGGUGUAUUGUUAUUUGAGUGGACCUAAAUAAAUUUGCUUGCUAAAACACUUGCCCUCAUCUCUAAAGGCUCUGCUGGCUUUCUUCAGCACUCUCUAAAUCGCUACUCUUGAGGCUCUCCAACCUCUUACAUUCCAACUACUGCAACUACAACAAUCUAUUAAUAGUAGUAGUAGUAGUUGUAGCAAGCCUACAUCAGUCUCAGGAGACUAUGGAGUGGCCAUUACUAUUGGUACUAUUAGUAGUAUCAAUAGUAAUUACCAUUAACAAGCAAAACCCCUCCUCUCUCCCACCUGAGCACUCUCCCAUGCAGCUAGGGUGAGGUGAGAGAGAGAGAGGAGGGAAUACACAUACAUUAAUGCUCCCUUCACACACUUCCCACACGCUUAUCAACACCAUCAUAUGUAUUUAUUUAGUAUUAUGUAAUACGUGACAAUGUAUAUACAAAAUAAAACAUAUAUCACGUAUA